AGUUAAUCAGUUCCCACGUGUGAAAAUAUAAACAACUGAGGAAACUCGGGUCCAUUAAGAUUUUCUGUGUACAGUGUGGUAUGUCCACACAUAAUGGACCGUAAAGAUGUGGGCGUGGCUGUGUCGAUCGGAGUCGGUAUUGGGUUUGCCCUGGGGUGGUUCAUCAGGGGAAGGUCUCUCAAAAGAAUCCCGUACCCGGCCACCGGUGUGAAGAAUACAGAUGUCGACCUCACAGAUAAUGCUCUGAAGUUGUCAGACAAUGGAGAGUAUAAGCUGGUAUUGGUUGUACGACAGGACCUCAAGAUGGGAAAAGGGAAAGCAGCAGCACAAUGUUGUCACGCUGCAGUCCACGCCUCAGAAUUUGUGGCUAGAAAUAAACCAGAACUAUUCAACAAAUGGAAAAUGACAGGUCAACCCAAGGUCGUGGUCAAGGCCGACUCAGAGAAAAUGCUUCUAGAUUUAGCUAGGAAGGCAAGGUCCCUAGGACUAAAUGCCAGUCUUAUACAAGAUGCCGGUAGAACACAGAUUGCUCCAGGGUCCAGAACUGUGUUAGGUGUGGGACCGGGACCUGAGAACUUGGUAAAUGAAGUCACAGGUCAUUUAAAGCUUUGCUGAUUCUGCCAUCUAAAACAUUAUUUUAUGUUUAUUGUUAUUGUUGAAAAUAAAUUUAAGAUAAUAAAUCAAUUAUUUUA